AUGUUCUCCACGUGGAAAAGAUCAAUGUUCCUGUCUUUUCAUAACGACCCUGUGCCCACCACGGCCUCUUUCGGCACAGAAAUGCUCAACAUCACCUCGCAAGUCCUCAUGCCCACCCUCAACGGGACCGUGACCAGCACCUGUGUCUACUCUGACUGGCAGAACUGGCUCAACACCACCCAGGCCCCCUUCCUCUGGGUCCUGUUCGUGCUGGCAGCCCUGGAGAACACCUUUGUCCUCAGCAUCUUCUGCCUGCACAAGAGUAGCUGCACGGUGGCCGAGAUCUACCUGGGCAACCUGGCCAUGGCGGACCUGAUCCUGGCCUGCGGGCUGCCCUUCUGGGCCAUCACCAUCGCCAACAACUUCGACUGGCUUUUUGGGGAGGUCCUCUGCCGUGUGGUGAACACCAUGAUCUACAUGAAUCUCUACAGCAGCAUCUGCUUCCUGAUGCUGGUGAGCAUCGACCGCUACCUGGCCCUGGUGAAGACCAUGUCCAUGGGCCGGAUGCGCGGGGUGCGCUGGGCCAAGCUCUAUAGCCUGGUGAUCUGGGGGUGCACACUGCUCCUGAGUUCGCCCAUGCUGGCCUUCCGGACCAUGAGGGAGUACAGAGAGGAGGGCCACAACGUCACUGCCUGCAUCAUCAACUACCCGUCCCGCACCUGGGCAGUGUUCACCAACAUCCUCCUGAACGUCGUGGGCUUUCUGUUGCCCUUGACCAUCAUCACCUUCUGCACAGUGCAGAUCAUGCAGGUGCUGCGGAACAAUGAGAUGCAGAAGUUCAAGGAGAUCCAGACGGAGAGGAAGGCCAUGGUGCUGGUCCUAGCCGUGCUGGGGCUGUUUGUCAUCUGCUGGCUGCCCUUUCAGAUCAGCACCAUCCUGGACACGCUGCUGCGCCUUGACAUCCUGUCCGGCUGCUGGGAUGAGUACAUGGUCGACGUCUUCACGCAGAUCGCCUCUUACGUGGGCUACAGUAACAGCUGCCUCAACCCGCUGAUGUACGUGAUUGUGGGCAAGCGCUUCCGCAAGAAGUCCCGGGAGGUGUUCCAGAGACUGUGCCAGAAAGGGGGCUGUGUGCUGGAGUCCAGCAAGAUGGAGAACUCCAUGGGCACGCUCCGGACCUCCAUCUCCGUGGAGCGCCAGAUCCACAGACUGCCAGAGUGGGUGGGCAACAGCCAGUGAGGGGGCGCCCCCUGGGCCCCUGCUCCUGUGUGCCAGGCCGGAGGGACAGUGGCGCUUCAGGAUGUGCCCGGGAAGGAAUGGAAGCCAUGCCAUGGGUGUGACCUCGGGCAAUAAGUCGGCGUCUCUGGGUAAACCCAGGAGCAUCACUGCUGCCCUGCCCAAGCUGCAGUGAGCCAGGCCGUGAGGAUGGCGUGACCUCACGCACAGCCAAGGGCUCCAUACACAUGACAGUAUUAUUGUUCUCAUCUGCUGCCACCCCUGGACCAGUCUACAUCCUCCCGGGAGUGGAGGGGGCCUGGGGACAGGAGUGACUGAGCUUCCCUCCCACGUGGUGUCCCGCCCUGCUGCAGCAUGCCGGCUCAGACCUCUGGGAGAAUGACCACCCCAACUCUGGUGCCCUGGCUGAGUGCAUGGGGGGACCUGGCUGGGGUUUUGCCUUAGGUCUCUUAAAUCUACCCAGCUGGGACUCUGGAGGAUGAUUCCUGAGAUUAAUGAAGGUUUAACUCUGAGGGAUCCCUGGUAAGAACCCAGAGACCAGGAUUCCAUCACUUCCCGGGCCCAUGGAAAAGACGGUCUGUGCCAAAAAAGAACUCGGUGAGCACUUA